AUGGACUGUGUGGCACAGGUGGUCUCCGGCGGAGGGAGCGGCCGGAGCCGAGGGGCCGGCGGCGGGUUGAGAGCCGAGGCGGCCGGCGGGAGAGGUGACCGGCCGGCGGAGGUGGCGGCUACGUGCAGAGGGAAGCGGCCGACGGAAGGCGACGGCAACGAUAGGUGGUUUUCUCGGCAGCGGGCGGUGGUGAACCUUGGCGCCGACGGGAGGAGACCUGGGCGCCGGUGGGGAGAUUGGGGGGACCUGUGGGGACCUGUGGGCGGCGGGCGGGGCGUGGCGAUCUGUGGGUACAUGGCGCGGCGGCGUGGACAGGUACACCCCGACAGCAGGAUUGGUGCACAUAGCGAUAUGGAAGAUUCAUCAAUUGGGGUCAAUGGAGUGGAUGGAAGGAUAGGAGGUUCAUUGACUGGAAUGGAUGGAGUGGAUGGAAGGAUGGGAGCUUCUUCAACUAGGUUAGAUGGAGUGGAAGUAAGGAUGAGAGGCUCUUCAAUUGGGGUCAAUGGAGUAGAUGGAAGGAUAGGAGGCUCUUUGACUAGGAUAGAUGGAGUGGAUGGAAGGAUGGGAGGUUCUUCAACUGGGGUAGAUGGAGUGGAAGGGAGGAUGGGAGGAUAUUUUAUUGGGAUAGAUGGUGAAGAGGAAAAAAAGUUUAAGUGCAAUGGUUAG